GAGUGGAGCGCGAUUCCUCCUGAACUGAGCGUGGGUUCUUCAUCCUCAGGAAGAGUGGUCAUCCUCAGGAAGAGUGGUCAUCCUCAGGAGACGCGCGGUUACGCGGAUUUAUCGCUCUUUCUCUGGGCUUUUCACUCAAAUGUAGGCGAAAACAACAACAACAAUAGCAUCGGGUUUUGAAAGCGCGGUUGCGUGUGCGCGUUCCGAGCCGCUCUUUUUGCACUUUGACCCUGAGAAAACUGCAGAGUUGGACUUCAGCCUAGAAGAAGACACUUUGGAGAACAAAAUGCCUCAAACGCCACCAUUUCCAGUGACGUUUGGGUCCAGUGGCUACAACAACAACCUCUACAAGACAAAAGAGGAGGACUACAGCGGCUUAUAUUACCAUGACAACAACCUGGUGUCCGGGUCUCUGGAGGACCUCAUUCAGCACCUCGUCCCCACUGUUGCUUACUAUCCUGACAGGACGUACAUCUUCACGUUCUUGCUCAGUUCCCGUCUUUUCAUUCAUCCCCAUGAGCUCAUGUCGAAAGUCUGCCACUUGUGCACAGACCAUCAGAAGCUCAGUGAUCCUUCAGCAGACAAGAUGAGAAUCAGAAAACUUGCUCCCAAGAUCUUGCAGUUGUUAACAGAGUGGACGGAGACGUUUCCUUACGAUUUCCGGGAUGAGAGGAUGAUGAGGAGUCUAAAAGAGUUAACGCAUCGGUUGAGCACUGGAGAUGAGGUCUAUCGGAAAGCGGUGCAGCAGAUGAUCCAAACCCUGAUCCGUAAACUCACUACACACAGUCAGUAUGAAGAAAACUUGGCCAAGAUCAACGCCACAGUGCCAGACAGACAAAUGGUUUUGAAAACCAAGCCUCAGUUUAUCCAGAGAGACAUCCUGAGCAUCUGUACUGACACAUUCACUCUGGCUCAACAGCUAACACACAUUGAGUUGGAGCGACUGAGUUACAUAGGACCUGAAGAAUUUGUCCAGGCGUUUGUUCAGAAAGACCCGCUUGACAACGAAAAGAAUUGUUUUACUCGCAAGAAAGCCAGCAACCUUGAGGCAUAUGUGGAGUGGUUCAACAGGUUGAGCUACCUGGUAGCUACUGAGAUCUGCAUGGCUGUGAAGAAAAAGCACAGAGCUCGCGUCAUCGAGUUCUUCAUCGACGUGGCACGGGAAUGCUUCAAUAUUGGCAACUUCAACUCUCUCAUGGCCAUCAUCACUGGCAUGAAUAUGAGUCCAGUAUCACGCCUAAAGAAGACCUGGGCCAAGGUCAAAACAGCCAAGUUUGAUAUUCUGGAGCACCAGAUGGACCCAUCCAGCAACUUCUACAACUACAGAACAGCGCUACGUGGGGCAACACAGAGAUCUAUAACUGCACAUACCAGCAGAGAAAAGAUUGUCAUUCCAUUCUUCAGCCUCUUGAUCAAGGACAUAAUCUUUCUAAACGAAGGAUGUGCUAACCGGCUCCCAAAUGGACAUGUCAAUUUUGAGAAAUUGUGGGAGCUGGGCAAGCAAGUGAACGAGUUCAUGACCUGGAAGAAAGUGGAGUGCCCGUUUGAGAAGGACCGCAAGAUUCUGCAGUACCUCCUCACCGCUCCCAUCUUUAGCGAGGAUGCUUUGUACCUGGCAUCCUAUGAGAGCGAAGGACCGGAGAACAACAUGGAAAAGGACAGAUGGAAAUCUCUUAGGUCCUCUCUGCUAAACAGGAUGUAGUUUUCCUGAAGAACUGAAGAACCCAAGUCCAAGUCGGCAUCAUUAAACUUCUGGCAAGCCAGCUGAGUCACCAUUUUUCCCCCCCCCUCAAGAAGUGAGAAGUAGCCCUGAAUUUUAAGGGAAAUGACAAUCACUACUUUAAGUUUUUCUGUGUGUGAUGGAGACCUGGAUAUUUCAGGACGGUCUUUCAUCACUUUGUAAAGAUUAUCACUUAUCCGUUAAAUACGAUUUUUUUUCUUAUGCCAAGUUAUUGUUCUCGCUUGGCUGCAACUCAUGAUACAUUUUCUGCUGUCUCAUGAGGCGUUUGGUUGCUUUUGAGUCGUCUUCUGAGUUUGCUGCUGGUUAGCCAACUCUGGACAGAUUAUUUAAAAAAAAAAAAAACAAGACUAAUAUUAAAACCAGCAUCCUGUGUACUAGUACUGUACAUUAAUAGUAUACAAUAUUAAUUUAAGUAUAGACUUAUUUUGUUCUUAUUUUUCUGUUGUACAUGUUGACUUUUUUUUUUUUUUAAUACCCGAGGUAUUUGUAAUGCGUGUGUGAGCGACUGCCAAGUGAGGACGAGAGCCGCUCGUCAAGGUCUGCUGAACGCACUGGCUGCGUUCGAGAAUAAAAAUGUCCUUUUCUGUUGUAUUAUAACCUUUUUUUGUGAUAUUUUGUAACAUUCUUAUUACCUUUUUUAUUUUUUUUGCCCUGUUCGUAGGGAUUGAUGAAGGAGAUACAAACACAUGCGUUCCUUAUUAGCAGUGUUACUAUAGAAACACAAAUUUCCUCUCGUUGAACAUAGGAACAGAGGACUGUAUUCCACUGUAAUACAUCACAACACAUCCAUCUACCUCCUGUCUACACAAGCUAAUUUUGCUAUUAUGCUUUUGUGGCCCCCUGGUGGUCAUUCCAUUAAUAAAUAAGAAUUAAAUUAAUACAUACUGUAAUACACUACACGCUCAUUAGUGUAGAACUAGUUCAGCUGCACAUUACUUUACAAUUAUAUGGUUUUCCUCAUUUGCAAAUAGUUAUUUUUUUAAAAAUGGCUUGUUCCUGUUCCCUAAUUAUACCAUGUUGUCGUCUUUUUUUUCCUUUUAAAUAUUAUGAUUUAAAAAAAAUAAUUUUGUUACAUUUUGUCCUGUGUUCAUUUGUACGUAAGCAUGUUGUAGCUACCAGAUACUGCUCUAAUAUUUUAUAUUUAUCAACUUUGUAUGAGGCAGACUCAUUUUCAGGGUACUAGCGUACAACAUGAAGUUAAAGAAGUCAAUAUUGCCGAUUGUCUAGUGUACCAUGUUCAUUUUUGUUUUCUGCUCAUGGAGAAUGUUCCAAAGCUUUAUGAAAAAUAAAGUGUUUUUCCUUUUCUGUGCACACUUAUGUAUUUUCACUGUUUUGAUGGGUAAGAGACACCCUGAAAUAGUUGUAUAGACAAAAAACAAACAUUUCAAUAAAAGAAUUCUUGUGUAAA